AUGACUUUAUCCUACUCCGAGGCAAUCGACCUCCUGCGCAGUCAGGCACAACUUCACAAGGCCGACAGAAAAGAACAGAUCCCCUUAAAUCUGGCUGUCAAUCGGAUCAGCAGUAACACGCUAUGCGCAGCCCAUUCAACACCGCUAUGGGACACCUCGGCCAUGGAUGGAUACGCCGUGUGUUCCCAGGUCACCAAGCUGGCAUCGCCACAAAAUCCAAUCAUGAUACCAGUGGUAGGCUUGAUCGCAGCUGGAAAACAACCGAUCCUCACCGAUCCCUUGCCUGGUCCUCGGUCUCCCUUUUGUGUGGAAAUCAUGACGGGGGCGCGCUUUCCUGAUCCACACACCACCGUCGGGGUAGAACUAGACGCCUGCGUCAAGUUUGAGGAUGUCCACAAGAUACAGGACCAAGUCACUGGUCAGCACUGGAUCAAAGUGACAAAGCCCGUGGUGUCUCAGCAGAAUCGCCGACUGGCAGGCCAUGAUUUUCGGCAGGAUCAAGUCAUCAUCAGCGCUGGAGAGCGCAUUCGACCUCGUCAUGUGAUGGCUCUGGCCUCGGUCGGUAUCCAUCAGAUCUGGGUGCAAAAAAGGUUGCAGAUUGGGCUCUAUUCUACCGGGUCAGAGUUACUUUCACGAUCGAGGGAGAAUGAUGAUCAACAGAACAAACUUCAAAUUCAAGAUGUCAAUGGCCCUUAUCUUGUCGCGGCGUUGAGCGAUGGCAUCGACGCGGAUGUUCGUUUCCUAGGCAUUCUCGACGAUCAUGCAGAUACGAUUACAGACCGGAUCACCCAAGAUGUGAUUUCCAGUAGCUUGGACCUCGUGAUUUCAACCGGUGCCGUAUCGGCAGGUCGGUUUGAUCUGAUUCCUACUGCUCUGGAAGCCCUGCACGCGAAGAUCCUCUUUCACAAAUUGAACAUACGACCGGGUCAUCCGGCCCUGGCGGCGCUCGUUCCUUCAAUGACGGGGGAAAAGCGAUCGACACCCUUCUUUGGUCUCCCCGGAAAUCCAGUCGCAAGCGCGGCUUGUCUUCGCUUUCUGGUCAUGCCUUUUAUUCGCUUCCUGGGCUCGGAGGCGGUGGACACUCCUCUCAAGGCUUCUCUGACACGCACCGACAAGGAGAAUACAGAGCAGGCAUCACACAUAGUCACCGCCCUUCCAAUCGAUAAAGACGUCUUUCGUCCCGGAAUUCUCACUCAUGACUCGCAAGGGAGAGCGGAGGUGACGCUGAUUGCUGAUCAUAGUCCUGGGAAAGUCAGUCCGUUCCUGAGAGGCAAUUGCUGGAUACAUUUUCACACUAGUCAACAGGAGGUAUGCCGGGGGGAUGUUGUUGAUGUUUAUCCAGGAUCGUAA